CCAUCUAGCAGAACCGUGGGUACCGGGUCACCAAGCUCGACAGCGGGCACCGAGUCAACUGGCACGACAGCGGGCACCGAGUCAACUGGCACGACAGCGGGCACCGAGUCAUCAGGCAUCGGGCAUCAGGUCAUCUGGCUCGACUGCAGGCAUUGUGUCAACUGGCACGACAGCGGGCACCGAGUCAUCAGGCAUCAAGUCAUCCGGCUCAACAGCGGGCACCAAGUCAACUGGCACGACAGUGGGCACCGAGUCAACUGGCACCGAGUCAACUGGUACGACAGCGGGCACCAAGUCAACUGGCACCGAGUCAACUGGCACGACAGCGGGCACCGAGUCACCGGGCAUCAAGACAUCUGGCUCAACAGCGGGCACCGAGUAAACUGGCACGACAGCGGGCACAGAGUCAUCAGG